AUGGAGAGGGCGAGGCAGCGCAUCGAGGAUGUGGUCGUGGGCCAUCCCACCGGGCUCAACCCGCAGCUCCUGCGGCUGUUCGAGCCCCGUCCUGCACCGGACCCGGUGCCUCCUAGACAGAGGUACUUCCGGUACCCGAUAUCCGGCGUUGCGCAGUACGUCAGCGAGUUUGUGGACCCGGCGAAGGAUGAAAAGCCAGAAGAGGAGCGCCCCGCGGACAAGUUCCGCAACAAGGAGUACGUGCACCAAUGCAGGAUCGAUACGCCUCUGAUUGAGGAGAGGCGCGAACUGAGACGCAAGCAAGCCGAGGAGCGCGCCAAGCUCAAGAUCGAGGAAGCCAAGAAGGACUGGGACCCCAAGAACGACUUCAACAUUCAGGGUGACCCGUACAAGACGAUCAUCGUGUUCAACCUGCCCCACGACAUCACCUACGACACUCUCAAGGGCGAGUUCGAGUCGUUCGGCCCCAUCGAGCGCAUCCGCAUCGUCGUCGACCGGGAGCGGAACAAGCCGCGUGGGUACGCCUUCAUCGAGUAUGCCGAGAAGGCCGACAUGAAGAGCGCGUACAAGUACGGCGAGGGAAAACGCAUCAUGGAGAGGCGUGUGGGAGUCGACGCUGAGCGCGGCCGCGUCGUCGAGGGCUGGCUGCCGCGCCGGCUCGGCGGCGGCAAGGGGGGGGAGUCGCGCGCGUGGCAGCCGAAGAAGAAGAAGGUCUAUACGGCCCCCCCUGCGCCGCUGGAGACCCCCAUGCCGUACGGCGGCGGGCGCUUUGGCGGCGGGCGCGGCGGCGGGCGCUUCGGCGGCGGCGACCGGUUCGGCGGCGGCGACCGGUUCGGCGGCGGGGACCGGUUUGGUGGUGGUGGUGGUCGCGGCGGUGGCAGGACGUACAUGGGCGGCGGGCUUCCGCCGCCGCGGUCGGACGCAGGACCGCCCGGCAUGCCGCCUCCGCCGGGCGGCCCGCCGCGGGGCCCGUAUCCCGGCCGUGAGGCGCCGCCGGAGCGGGACAGGUACGCGGCGGCGCCGCCGUCGUUCCCGCCGCCCGGGGACGACCGGUACGGGCGGCGCGACGACAGGGACAGGGACCGCGGGCGGCGGGACGACCGCGGGUACGACCGGUACGACCGCGACAGGCGGAGCGACCGCGACAGGGACUACGACAGGGACCGGCGGAGCGACCGCGACCAGCGGAGCGACCGCGACCGGCGGAGCGACCGCGACAGGGACUACGACAGGGACCGGAAGCGCGACCGCAGCAGCAGGCGGGACGAGGACGACAGGGGGGAGUAUAAGCGCAGCCGGCGGGAUUCGAGGGAGCGCGACAGGCGGGGGUCGCACCGCGGGCGGGACGAGGGGUACGAGGAGGGGGAGAUUUGA